AUUCAUGGACUCCUACGGAACUUGCCAGCUCACAUCAUUCUUUGAAAUAGAGGACAAUGAGUAUUAUGUUCAUGCCAAGGGCAGUGGGCAGGCCUACCAGGCACUGCGGUGCUCUCUACGAUUUAGGACGUACUCAGAUCAACAACUGUGUAUGAAGUUUGAUAGUUUUAGGAUAGAGGACUGUGCUGUUCAUUUUAAGGUGUUCCAAGAAAAUCAGCCAAUAUACUUUACAAGGCAGCCAGAUGAAAAUUUUCUGUAUCGUCAUUAUGACUGUCGAGAUUCUCCUCAGACUGUAUGCAGCACAGACCGAUUUCUGACCUUACAGCUUUUUAAAGAGAGAAUUGAUGCUGUAGAUUAUGACUUCUCUGUUAUAAUCAUGCCAAAAACAAUGCAAAGUGCUAUUUCAGAUGAGAUCAUCAUGUCCCUGGGGGUGAUGGUGGGGGUGAUAGUAGGAGUGGUGGUAUUUAUAGCAAUACUAGCCAUCUUUGUCCUGUACUGUUGCUGCAAGAAGGACAGACAUCAUGGAAGGGUGUUCAAGAAGAAAAACAGCAAGCCACGGGCAUCUGCUCAGGGGAGAUUACUGGAGCCAGGUCCAGAGCCUUCAGCCCCACCAUUGGAUCCAGACAUGGAAAUGCAUCAAAACAUUGUAACAAAUUACGGACACUAUCCUAAUGAACCCCCUCCUCCUUAUGAACCCAAACCAGAGCCAGUUUAGCACACAGAUUUGUAUUGGACAUGGUGGCCAGAAAGUACACAGAGAAGUUCAAUUCAAUGAUAUUCUUAUCAAAUCAGUAGUCAUUUAGUAUGAAAAUAAUAGGAUAUGUAGCAGUAUAUUAUAUUUUUGUAUGGCUAGAAACGGGGCAGAUAAAGGUUUUUUUCAGUGCAAAUAAUUUACGGUAAUUCUCAGAAAUUGUUUAUUGAUAUUUCUUAGAAGUAAUAUAUUCAUUUAUGAGGCUUUGUUUUUAUCUGAAUCCUUGAAUGAAAGACAUCUGUGUUGCCAUAUUGUGAACACCUGAACUUCACUUGGAGAUGAAUUAUUACUGUGAGUGAAUAAUAUUUGAUAUUUUGAAGGAAAAAUGUGAUAUUGCAAUGGCUGUCCAUAAUAUGUGUGGAGGAGUAUUUAUUGGACUGUGUGCCAUG